GACAAGUUUGAGUAAAACAAAAUUCCAAAUUCUUGCAAAACAAAUUAAAUUAAUUUUCUAGUGUAAUUCCAAGUACUUAAUAAUUAAAAUCUAUGUCUUUCCAAAGGACGCGUCCGAUUGAUGCCUUGCAACGCAUCAUGACAUCCUUCAAACACUUUGAAAAAAAGUUGGACAAAUUACAAAACGACGUGAAAACUCAUGGUCAGACUCUGUCAGAUCUUCGUAAUAUGGUAACAACACUUUCUGCUGGAACACUUGCAAGUGCUGACGGUAGAUCUGAUGACAACUGGCGUUCUGGAAGAAAGACCACAGCGAUUCAACAUGAAGGAAAAGCGUCGGUAGAGGACACUACGAGGUCUAAGAGGAAGAAUGCGAUUCGGCCCUUGCCAAGCAAAUUAAAAGCGAAGAACAUGACAAACCAGAAGAUAAAAGCGCCUAUACCUCCGAUCCAAGUUCGCGUCCAUAAUUGCACAGACGUAAAUAAUAAAGCUGUAGGAGGUGUGGGGUCGAAGCACGCACAAAGACAGAGAAAAGCGGAGGCCCCCCGUAAAGCCACCACAAUAAGGUCCCAAAAAGCAUUAGAAAAUAAACGAAGUAAAAUGACAAAAUAAACGGGAUUACACUAGAAAAUUAAGGUAUUUCUCGUUUGGUUGUCUUUUUUUGUUGUAAUUUUUUGUAAAUUUUUGAAAAAUUGAAA